CCGACCACCCCUGAAUAGGGAGGGGAUGACAGAACUUGCAUGAGGCUGCUCAAUCAGCAGAAAUAGUCCAGAUUAAAAAAAAGUCAUAGGAUCAGUCGUUUAUUUCCAAGUCUGUGUAAGUUGAAUCAUUUUCUUGUAGGAGCUAUUUAGUGUCUGAAUAGCAUCACGCUCCACAGUAGGUGGGCACCCACACACCACAGCAUGUGACUGGAACAGACAUGGUGGGUACCUCUGCAUUUGAAUGCCUCCUCACUGUUAAGAUAAACUCAGAAACAUCUCAAAGAAGUCUCCAGAAUCAUGGUAGACAAAGAACUGCUCCAAAGAAAAUACAAAGUUAACUAUUAGACAUAGGCUAGUAGCAAUGUUUAAUGCAUACACAAAGCUUUUGAAGUUCCAGUCUGCUUGUGUAAUAAAACAUCCCCAUCUUUGCUACUGUCACCCAAGGGUCCUGCCACAUAAAGUCAAGGUCAAGACUCCCAGACUCAGCCUCUCUUUAAGUAGAUCAACAGUACUUUUCUUAGUUAAUCUGAAAUAAACAUCCCUGCAAAGACAAAUGGAAGGCUCUUCAAUGCAGAUUUACCACACAAGGAUUGGUAACACCAUGCCUUUUUUCUAAUGAUAAAUGAUAGGUGUUUUUGUGAGCCGGUAACAACAACCAAAAAUGACCCACACCUGAUGGCCGAUACCGACAAGAUAACUGAUAAUUUAAUUUUUAUGAUUGUUGAUUUUCAGGGGAUGCACACUUGCACAUAAGUUUGGUGUAGUCUGUGGUGAAACUUUUGUUACUGGUGCUGUCAAAUGAAUGUGAGGAAACCACAUCAAACAGAGCAGGCAGCGAUAUGUCUAAGAACUAAUGGCAGAUCGUGAGACUGUGAGGUAAUGUAAUAACAGCUUUAAUAACAGCAUGAGUCUGAAUCUUCAACAAGGUUGUUCAGGUAGUGUCACACCUUUUUUAAUAAAGUUGAAUAAAGCAGCUGUUUUAAGACAUAUUGAAUCUAAUUUGCUAUGUGCUAGCCAUCAUGUGUGGUCAAAUCCAAAAAACUGGUUGCAGUAACUGUCAACAGGCGUUCAGGAGGAAUUUCAAAAUAAAAGCGUAGCUUUAAGGUGAUAGUGUGGAUUGAUGUUUUCUUCUAUUGAUCUGAUUGGAUAAUUAAUUAACGAAUGCAAAGAUAUGCAUCAAUGAAUCGUAACACCCCUACUAGUUCAGUGAUCACAGUACGUAACUGCUUUACUUGAAUCUUAGUUCUAAUAUUGUUUUCUGCUACUCUUUCAAGACAAACAACAAUGGAAGUCAUCUCUGAUUGUGUGUUAAAAUUCCUAUAUCAUUAUUUACAUUAAAAAAAAGGUCUUUUGUUGUCUUAGUCAUAAACCUAUUCAUCUGCCUGUAUUUCUCUGUGCCAGAUGUCAGCUACAGUCCAAAACAGAAUGCUAUGGAAAAAACAAGCCCCUCUGUUAAAAUAACAGACAUAUUCUUAAUUACCUUGCAUACAAUGCAGCUUUAAGGUCACUUGUCUGGUUAACCCAAAUAAUCCAGGAGUACAACAUGUAGAAUAGUUUCUAUAUGUUGCAAAUUAUGAAAUAUUUCAGGUCAUAUCCUUUCAAAUUCGUGUGGCCAUCAUUAUUUGGAUUUGCACUGUUAAUUGAUAACCAUGUGAAUAUUUUAGAUGGGACUUCAAAUGGCAGCGACAGCAAAAAGCUGAGGGUGGAAGAAGCCCCACCAUCCCGCGUGCUCCACAUCAGAAAACUGCCCAAUGAAGCCUCAGAAACUGAAGUCAUUGCUCUUGGUCUGCCUUUUGGUAAAGUGACCAAUAUUCUCACCCUUAAGGGGAAGAACCAGGCGUUCCUAGAGAUGGGUACAGAAGAAGCUGCCAUCACUAUGGUUAAUUACUACACCACUGUAACACCUCACGUCCGCAAUGUCCCUGUUUUUAUUCAGUACUCUAAUCACAAGGAGCUAAAAACUGAUGCUGGCAAUCAGCGGACCCAGGCGGUGCUUCAGGCAGUGUCAGCAGUCCAGUCUGGUGGGUCACCAAGCUCAGAUGUGCAGGAGGCUCUCGCUGCAGCCUCAAGCCCUGUCCUGCGGAUCAUUAUUGACAACAUGUUUUACCCUGUUACACUGGAUGUAUUGCAACAGAUUUUCUCAAAGUUUGGCACAGUCAUGAAGAUAAUCACAUUCACAAAGAACAAUCAGUUCCAGGCACUUCUGCAGUUUAGUGAUCCAGUUAAUGCUCAGCAGGCCAAACUGGCACUUGAUGGCCAGAACAUCUACAAUUCCUGUUGCACACUUCGUAUUGACUUUUCCAAGCUGGUCAACCUAAAUGUCAAGUACAACAACGAUAAGAGUCGUGACUACACGCGACCUGAACUGCCUGCUGGUGACGGCCAACCCAGCAUCGACCCAUCAGUGGCUGCGGCCUUCAGCAAAGACUCCAACUCCCUCCUCGGUAAGAUCCCAGGAGCCCUGAACCCCCUGAGUGCAGCAGCGGCAGCAGCUGCUGCUGCAGGGAGGGUGGCCUUAGGUGCGGGUCCCGGGUCUGGUGGUGUUCUGCUGGUCAGCAACCUUAAUGAGGAGAUGGUUACGCCCCAAAGUCUGUUUACCCUCUUCGGAGUUUAUGGCGAUGUCCAGAGGGUGAAAAUUCUGUACAAUAAGAAAGACAGCGCUCUUAUUCAGAUGUCGGACGCCAACCAGGCACAGCUAGCAAUGAGCCACUUGAAUGGUCAAAAGAUGUACGGGAAGAUCAUCCGGGUGACACUGUCCAAGCACCAGACAGUGGCGCUGCCUCGUGAUGGCCUGGAUGAUCAGGGCCUCACCAAGGAUUAUGCUAACUCACCACUUCAUCGCUUUAAGAAACCUGGCUCUAAGAACUUCCAGAACAUCUUCCCACCAUCUGCCACCCUCCACCUCUCCAAUAUCCAACAAGAUGUGUCAGAAGAAGAUCUGCGGCUGCUCUUCUCCAAUGCUGGAGGCACUGUGAAAGCAUUCAAGUUUUUCCAGGAUCGUAAAAUGGCUCUGAUUCAGAUGUCUACGGUGGAGGAGGCCAUCCAGGCCUUAAUUGACCUUCACAACUACAACAUGGGAGCCAACCAGCACCUGCGAGUCUCCUUCUCCAAGUCCACCAUUUAAGAGUGUGAUCCUCAAACUGCUGACGGUAACACGGUUCACCGUUUGGAGCCGGCUGUCUGCAGCCCAUCACACUUGUCUGGACACUGUGGGGCACAUUGAUUGAAUCAGUUUUGUUAUUGGGGUUUUUUUGUUAAUCCUGUCAUUCCUUGAGACUGAAACCUUUGACUUGCAUCCUUUUUUAAAGAGAACAAUUCAGUACACUGCAGAUACUGGAUCCUCCCAGCUCUUCUUUACUGUACCUCUGUAUUUUUAUGUCUAGCAAAAAAAGAUUGAAUAUGAUUGAUUGUCCGCCAUAUGAAUAUUUGAUGUACAUCAGUGUUUUUUUUUCUUGAUUUAGUUGAACAGAUACAUUAAUGUGCCUUACUUGUCAUUACAAACCAUUUUUACAGCUGGACUUGUUUGUCAACUAUCCUCCUAUGCUUUUGAGGCACAUUGGUACUGGAUAAUUUUGAAGGAUAGGGAGAGUGCGAGCUAUUUUUUAGACUUAAUUAAGUUUGGAAGCUCUUCUGCAGACCAGGCGCAGCUUUUUAGUUUCCUUUCAGGGUUAUAGAUUCAUAACAUUUUCUUGUUUCAGUUCAAAAGAUGAUGCUCUUACAGCAACAUGUUUGACUUUUACAGCAGCCUCUUUCAGGCAGAUUAACUUGAAUUCCAUUAUUCCACGAGUAUUUUCAGUUGAAGAUUGUUCUCCAGUUUUGAAGUCAAAUAGCGUCACAUAUCACAGUGUGGCCAAGUAUUUCUUUGUCUGUGUUUUCAGAGCCUUCAGUGCUUUUUUUCCAUAGCAGUGAGGUGUAAUUGUCAGUGACAAUGGUUUUCUAAGCAUGUAUAGUUAUGAUAGGAUCUUACAUCGGACAGUGUUGCAUGCUGUGGAAGCAGUUAGAAGAUGAAUCCACUGUGAUUUCAUUGUCAUGUGACAGUUUACUCGAGAGGGCUACUCAGUUGGACCAAAGUUUCUGUGCCUUUAGAGUUCAUUUGAUUCAUUUACUACAAGCAUUUGAAUAGGCUGAGAUGUUUCUUUUCAGAUAAAAAACAAAAUGCAACGAUAUUUAGAGUUUUGCCCGCUUUUUUAAAUGCCCAACAGGACCUCUGGUGUUUGCUCAGAAAUAAUAGUUCUGUAUAUUUUUUCUUCCAAGUCCAAUUUUAUACAGUUCAAAAUGUAAGGAUUUGGUAUAGUUUUGAAGAGGCACAAUUAAAGGAUGAAUUAUUUUCUAACAAGGAGAGGUGCGACUUGGUUCCUGCUUUUUAAGUUUUCCCUCUCAUGGUCUCUCUCGUGUAUUCUGCAUUACGUCUGUAGCAUGCCUAAUAAAACUAUCUGUAGCUCUGCAA